GCAUAAACUGCGUUUGGAACUGCACAACAGCAACAGCGGAGAUGAGCGGCAGUGUGGGAGCAUCGGAUGACAAGCGAGGAUCCACAAAGGGCGGCUCCUUGUUGCUGGCCGAGAUUGACCAGCACCGCUUGUUUGGUCGCUACGCAUCGUUGCGGGCCGCAUCCCACACGCUGCCAUCCUCCAGCGUGGCCCAGGCCCAAUCGUUGCGGAACUUGAUUCUCGGUGAAUGUGAGCUGGAGCAAUAUGUCUUGCAAGAACAAGAGCAGGCGGCCCUUCGCAGCGCAAUAGCCCAAAGUGGCAGUCCAGACCAAGACCAAGCAUCUUCGUCGCAUGUCCACUUGCUCGUCCAAGAUGAGAGCACACCAGAUGGACAGCGACGGUCGGUGUCGCGCAAGCACAGCCGAAGCAGCAGCAUGAGCGGGAGUGGCAGUGCCAGCAGUGCAAAGGAGAAGCACUGCCUGCAGGUCGCUGGCCGCUACUUUAAGGACGUCAUCGCCACCAACAAGAACGAAAACGACCUGCUUGCGCGGUCCUCCCGCGCCCUUGAAAACGCGGACAUAUUCGUCCGUCUGUACGAUUGCAUCAUGCUCCUCCUCAACAUCUGCGGCCUCCACGACCAAGCUGUCGAGGUGCUUGAGCGGGCAAUUGCGGCGACGUACGGUGCAGACAACUUCCACCUGUGGAUGCUCCUCGGCGCUGAACUCGAGCGGACCGACCGCCACAAGCAUGCAAUUGCAGUCUAUCACCAGUGUGCACUUGAUCACACCACCACGCACCCGGCGCGCGUGUGUGAAGCCCUGACCGCCGCUGCAAAGGCGUCGCUCUUCCUCGGAACGCAGCGCGCAUCACAGGAUGCAAUCCAGGCUGAUCUCCGCAAAGCGCGCACCGCCUCGACAACACAACAACAGCGACACGCAACAGACCAGCUGGCGGCGGCAACGCAUCUGCUUGAGUACCGAUCACUGCACGACGCUGCGCAGCAGGCAGCCGCCCUCAAGGCAGCAAAGACCGCGCUCUCAUCGAUUGAUGACGACCUCAAGACGGCGGAUGACAUGUACUUGGAGGCGCUGACACUCGCACACGCGCGCGCCACCGACGAUGCAGUGGGGGCGGUGUGGUCGUGUCUAUCCCUCUGCCCAACACACCGCCAGGGCCUGCAGCUCUUUGCCCUCCUUCUCACCGCCAAGCGAAACUUGGAUGAGGCCCUCUCCGUAUGCCACCAGACACUCGAGCUCUUCCCAACAGAUGUCGUCAGUAUGCGCAUCGCUGGACACACAACCCACGCCCUCGAGGGCCCGCGGGGAGCACUGUCUGCUUACAAGACAUUCUUCGCCUCAAUGAACACAAUGAUGCGCGAUGCGAUGAAGGCUGGGCGCCCGUUCCAACCGCUUGGUCCCUCCUCCAUUGGUGCAGACACCCUCACAGGGCGCGUGCGUGAUGCCAUUGAGCAUCUUGAACAAGCGCUCACCUUUGACGAACACGAUGUCACCUCCCUUGUUGAACUCGGCAUGUGUCAGCACAGCCUGGGAGAGGCGGACAUGGCCGAGAACAGACUGCAGCAUGCACUUCGCAUCGACCCAACACACGCAGAGGCACACCGAGCGCUGGCGACGUUGCUUCAGGAGCGUGGAGCAACAGAUGACGCUGUGCAGUGCAUGUUGCAUGCAUUGCAACUCGGCGCACACCAGCCCAUCCUCCCAUACCACACGCUCACAUGCUGUCCAUUCCUCACGUGAGCCAUGCGUGUGCGUGUGCGUGUGUGUGUGU